AUGUCCAGCCGAGGUGUGCGCGACAGUGUUGGCGUUACUGCUGAUGGCCGUAUUACCAUUGAUAUCAGCUCCGACCUGCACAAGCAAUUUUCUGCAUUGAAAAAGCUUCAAACAUGUACGACACUGCUACCAACAUCCGCAUCCCAGUCAACGCCUAUCAAAAGUCGCCCAAAGCUAAAACUUAAUAUCGUCAUCCAUUGCGUCGGAAGCCGUGGUGAUGUCCAACCGUUUAUUGCUUUGGGUAGCAGAUUGCUAAAGGAUGGCCAUCGCAUCCGUCUUGCGUCUCACGACUUAUUUGCCGAGUCGACGCGCGCGUCUGGCAUCGACUUCUUUCCGGUGGGAGGCGAUCCGGCGGAUCUGAUGGCUUAUAUGGUCAAGAACCCAGGUCUCUUGCCCAGCAUAGCGAGCCUGCUCAAGGGAGACGUCCAAAAAAAUCGGUCUAUGAUUGCAGGUAUGCUUCAGCGCUUCUGGAGGUCCUGUAUUGAUCGCGACCCAGUCACUGGGAAGCCGUUUGUUGCAGACGUCAUCAUAGCGAAUCCCCCUAGCUUCGCUCACGUCCAUUGUGCUGAAGCUACAGGCAUAUCCCUUCAUAUGGUGUUUACUAUGCCUUGGACCAACACCAAGGCGUUUCCGCAUCCUCUCGCUAAUAUCACACAUUACAACGUUACAAGUAGAGAAACUGCCAACUUGAUGUCGUACAGUAUUGUCGAGUGGAUGACAUGGCAAGGACUUCACGAUGUCAUCAACAGCUUCAGAAGAUCGCUCGACCUUGAGCGUAUUCCUUCAUCGGCAGGUCCCAAUCUUAUUACGGAGCUUGCUGUCCCAGUUACUUACUGCUGGUCACGUUCCUUGAUACCCAAGCCAUCGGACUGGCCGGCCCACAUUGAUAUUUCUGGCUUCAUAUUCCGGGAACCUCCAGACUACACACCCCCUUCAGACUUAGACGCUUUCCUCUCCAGUGGACCGGCACCAGUUUACAUAGGCUUCGGCAGCAUCGUCAUAGACAACCCCGAGCGCAUGACACGCAUUAUCCUUGACGCGGUUCAGGCGACGGGCGUUCGCGCUAUCAUAUCUAGAGGCUGGAGCAACCUCGGAGGCCCGCCAGUUGAUGGUGUGAUUUACAUUGACGACUGCCCUCACGAGUGGCUCUUCCAACAUGUUGCUGCAGUAGUGCACCACGGUGGUGCAGGGACAGUCGCAUGCGGCCUCCGCAAUGGGUGCCCUACUCUCGUUGUGCCCUUUUUUGGCGAUCAGCCUUUCUGGGGAGAAUCCAUCGCUUCUGCAGGCGCAGGGCCAAGACCAAUUCACCAUACGCAGCUGAAUAAGGACAAUUUAAGCGACGGUAUCAGAUUUUGCUUGAGCCCAGGUACGACGAAGGCCGCCAAGCUUAUAUCAGACAAGAUAAGAGACGAGUCUGGUGCGGAUGCUGCUGCUGCAUCGUUUGGUGCGCAUUUACCAUACAAAGUUAUGCAGUGUGAUUUGCUCGAGGAUCGUCCAGCCGCGUGGUCCUACCGCAAGCGCGGUCAUCGUGUCAAACUCUCUGUCGCUGCAGCGGAGAUGCUCAUUCGAAACGGGUCAAUCAAAGAGAAGCAUUUGAAGCUUUAUAAGUCUUGCAAAAUCGACAUUGAGAGCCGGAGAGUCGGGCCCAUAUACGGACCCACCGCCGCUCUGAUCCGUACAGUCGUUACGCUGUUCAUGUUACUAUUCAACAUGGUCCUCAAGCCAGUACAUACCUGGCGCAGCAGAGAAAGAGUGGAAACGGCCUCGACCAAAGACAUACAACUCCGCCCGUUUAGUCGCUCGGGCUCUGGGCAACAGCAAUCCAACGACGAAGAAUCCUUGAUACCAAAACAAAGGAGGAAAAACAAGGGCUUUCUCGCAGUCAAGAAUUUGUUUCUUGUCAUACUAUCAUUCCUGAUGGCCGUGGUUGAGUUCGGCGUUUUGUCACCUCUCUACUGCUUCAAAGGCGGCAUGGUUGACUUUGCCUUUGCUCUAGUCGAGGGACUGCGUGGCGCACCACAACUCUGGGGAGAGGAAAGGGUCAAUUACGGGCCAUUGCGGAACUGGAUAGAUGGGUUCAAAUUCGCGGGGAAGUGCUUUUGGUUCGGAUACAUGGAUGCCAUUUGCGGCUUAGUGAUGCACCCUUAUGAGGGAGCUUACUAUUCAGGGGUACUGGGAUUCUUCACCGGGUCCCUCUUCGGGAUCCUUGCUUUUAUCGCAAAGAUCGGUUCCUCCUCGAUAGGACUUUACGCGUAUCCGGCCAUAGGCAUAUCUCGGAGUAUUUCGAAACUCUUUCGACAGCGGACCGCCAGGAAGUUGAGGAAAUGUCGACUUUUGGAAGGAAAAGAUCUUGUCCAACGGGCCCAGACUACACAACAGAAGCAAGAAGCAGUCAUCCUCAAGUUUCGUGACAUUAUGGGGGAGUAG